AUGGCGACUUCCUCGGUCUCUGUGACAGGUGCCUCAGAUAUGGACACUGUGCAGGAGUCAACCUCUGCGGAGGAGCCAACGGCUGUGGACGACCAAGCCUCUGAUACAUCUGAGGAAGCUGUCAAGGUCCGAAAGCCUAAAAAAGCUACCUCAAAGAAGGAGAAGCAGCAGCCGAAGAAGUCAAAGAAACCAGAGAAGCGCUGCCGCCGCUCUCUUCGGCUUCUCCAGCGCCAACGCAUGAAGGAAAACGAGCUUAGAGUAGCCCGUCUCAUCAGACGCCGUAGGAACAGCUUCGCCAUCUACUUUCCCAAGGUGCUAAGACUUGUCCAUGUGGAUCUCACCCUGUCCCAGAGGUCUGUGAGCAUCUUGGAUUCGUUCGUAAAGGAUAUGUUUGAGAGAAUCGCGAUGGAAGCAAGCAACUUGGCCCGUCAGAAUAAAAGCACGACUAUCAACUCCAGAGAGAUCCAGACUGCAGUACGCCUUCUACUCACGGGAGAGAUGCGUGAGCGAGCAAUAGCUGAAGGUACCAUGGCCAUGGUCCGGUACAUCUCCACCAAGUGA